AGGUGAAAGGUCACACUCCUAUUUGGCGGCCAUUUUUCUUGAAACUCAGCGGCUCGGGACCUGGGGUACCUGCUGUAGUCACGAGGGACAAGCGGCAGCCUGGUCGGCAGUGAGUAGCCUGCAAUAUUCGGCCGUGGUUACGAUGAGUUUACCCCUCAAUCCCAAACCUUUCCUCAAUGGACUAACAGGAAAGCCAGUGAUGGUGAAACUUAAGUGGGGAAUGGAGUACAAGGGCUAUCUGGUAUCUGUAGAUGGCUACAUGAACAUGCAGCUUGCAAAUACAGAAGAAUACAUAGAUGGAGCUUUGUCUGGACAUCUGGGUGAAGUUUUAAUAAGGUGUAAUAAUGUCCUUUAUAUCAGAGGUGUGGAAGAAGAGGAAGAAGAUGGGGAAAUGAGAGAAUAGCAUCUUUUGUUGGGGAUUUUUUUUUAUAUAUAUAUUUCUAGACAAUAAAGACUUGUUUGUUUUUCAACUUGA